AUGGUAAUGGAUCCAAGGCUGCGUGGAUAUUUGACUUCCAUGGAUGGAGUACAAUUCAGGGAUCAAUCGGAGUCAUUUUUCCCGGAUCAGAACUUAAUCGGAGGACCUAGAUUUGAGAACACCUCUUUAAAUCUCAACUUUGGAGGAAUCCAGUUCCCUCCAAACGAUCCUUCUUCGGCUAAUGCAGUCCCGACCUUGAAUCUGUCCGCCGAAGAGGAUCCUCAGGAGGAGGACUGCGAUUUUUCUGAUGCUGUUUUGAAGUACAUAAGCCAGAUUCUAAUGGAAGAAGACAUGGAAGACAAGACUUGCAUGCUUCACGAGUCGUUGGAUCUUCAAGCCGCAGAGAAGUCAUUCUAUGAGGUUCUUGGAAAGAAGUAUCCACCUUCUCCGGAGACUUGUGCUGGCCAAAGUGGUGAAAGUGCUGGUUGUUAUUUAUCUGGUAGUUACGGUAACUAUAUCAAUAGCAGCAGUAACGGUAGUGAUUGCAUAAUUGGUCCAAGCUGGACUAGCAGUCUAGUAAACCGCGGUGCCUCUUCUGUACAAAGUCUUCCUGUGUAUAACAAAUCUCUCUCAUCUGUUAGUUCAUCAAAUAGCCCAAACAAUAUUAUUGAUGGAUUUGUGGAUUCUCCUAUAAGCCCUCUUCAGGUCUCCGAUUUUUAUGGUGGGAACCAAUCUAUUUGGCAGUUUAGGAAGGGGGCUGAAGAAGCAAGGAAGUUCCUUCCAAGCAAUAAUGAACUGUUAAUUAAUUUUGAGGGCAAUACGGUGUCCCCUUGGGAGCCAAAGGAAGAAACAAGUAAAUUCAAUGUCAAGGCAGAGAAAAUAGAGGAGGGUGAGCCCUCAACUACAGGGUUGAGAGGGAAGAAGAAUCCUCACCGGGAGGAGAUAGACUUAGAAGAGGAAAGGAGUAGCAAGCAGGCAGCAGUUUUUCCAGAAUCAGUUGUGCGGUCAGAGAUGUUCGAUACACAUGGGAAAGGCGCGACUGCCCUGAAGGCUUACCGUGAAGUCUUGAGGAAUAAAGCCAACAAUAAAAUGCUGCAGAAUGAGCAAUCUAAAGGACCUAAAAAUGGAAGGGUCGUGGUAAGAAAACAAAUGGCAAGAGGGAAUGUUUUGCUGAUGGUCUUGCGGCACGGUUGGCUGGAACAGGCAGCCAGAUCUACAAAGCCCUUGUCAGCAAAAGAAACAUCUGCUGCUGAUUACUUGAAAGCUUACUAUCUAUAUCUGGCAUCGUGCCCAUUCAGGAAGAUUUCAAAUUUCAUUGCGAACAAGACAAUAAUGGACAAAGCAAAGAAUUCAAUGAGACUGCACGUUAUAGAUUUUGGUAUCCUUUAUGGUUUCCAGUGGCCCACCCUCAUUCAGCGUAUAGCUCCACGAGAAGGUGGCCCUCCGAAGAUUCGGAUCACCGGAAUUGAGUUUCCCCAACCGGGCUUCCGCCCAGCAGCAGGAAUUGAGGAGACGGGACGGCGCCUGGCAGAUUAUGCCCAGAGUUUCGGAGUCCCGUUUGAGUACAACUGCAUAGCAAAGAAAUGGGAUUGUAUCAAACUUGAAGAUUUGCAUAUUGAAAAGGAUGAGUUUCUUGUAGUCAAUUGUUUGUAUAGAUCUCAGACCCUACAUGAUGAGACUGUUUUGGCAAAUAGUUCUAGAGACACGGUUCUAAAUCUGAUCCGUAAAAUCAAUCCUGACCUCUUCAUCCAUGGAAUUCUAAACGGAGCCUAUAAUGCCCCAUUCUUUGUUACCCGGUUCCGAGAGGCUCUAUUCCACUUCUCGGCUUUGUUUGAUAUACUAGAGACAAAUGUGCCCCGUGAGCAUCACGAGAGGAUGCUUAUUGAGAGAGAGAUCUUUGGGAAGGAAGCAAUGAAUGUGAUAGCUUGUGAGGGGUGGGAGAGAGUGGAGAGACCCGAGACGUAUAAGCAGUGGCGUGUUCGGAAUCUGAGGGCGGGCUUUACACAAAUCCCUUUUGAUAGAGAGAUUGUGAAAAAGGCAAUAGACAAGGUGAGGUCGAGCUACCAUAAAGAUUUUCUGAUUGAUGAAGAUAGCCAGUGGCUGCUUCAGGGAUGGAAAGGGCGAACUAUACAUGCCAUUUCUUGUUGGAAACCCCUUUAG